CGUCCUCCUCCUGUCCCAGGAACGCACCAGAUGGCACUUCGUCCUUCCUCUGUUCCACAGCGUGUCCCUCUGCCGUCUCCUCAUGCGUCCUCUCUUCCUGACGUUCCUGACCCGCGGUCAGACCUUGCUCGUGCUGCCAGUCCUACUGUCACACGUCUUCUAGCCACUGUUGUCACUGACCCUUCGUUUGAGUCCACUGCUGCGUCUGCCCUAGUUGCUGAGCUUGUUGACUUUGCUGUCGCCUGUCGUCUCGACUACGCCGCUAGUCUUUGUCUUGCAGCUGCUGUACCUCAUCUCGUGGCCAUGCUGCUUGCACCUGAGGGGGACCCGGAUGCUUUAGACAUCCCGACCCCGCGCUCCUACGCAGAGGCGAUUACGGGUCCCUACUCCUCUCAGUGGCAGACAGCCAUGGACGCAGAGAUGGCAUCCUGGAAGUCCACAGGCACUUACGUCGACGAGGUUCCCCCUCCUGGGGCGAACAUUGUCGAUAGCAUGUGGAUUUUCAGGGUGAAGCCGGGUUCUCCGCCUGCCUUCAAGGCUCGUUACGUUGCACGAGGCUUUAGUCAGCGACAGGGAGUUGGCUUCUUCCAGACCUUCUCCCCUACCCCAAAGAUGACCACUCUUCGGGUGUUGUUGCACGUUGCUGCUCAGCGUGACUACGAGCUUCACUCUCUUUACUUCAGCACAGCUUUCUUACAGGGCACUCUGCACGAGGAGAUCUGGCUGCGCCGCCCACCUGGCUUCACUGGGUCGUUUCCCGCAGGUACCCAGUGGAGCCUUCGGCAGCCAGUCUAUGGUCUCCGCCAGGCGCCUUGUGAGUGGCACGACACACUGAGGACGACACUUGCGGCUCUUGGGUUUGCUCCUUCGACUGCUGACCCGUCGCUGUUUCUGCGCACCGACACUUUGCUGCCGCUGUUCUACAUCCUCGUGUACGUUGAUGACUUGGUUUUUGCCACUGCUGACACUCAGGCACUGGCCCUUGUGAAGUCGGAGCUGCAGAAGAGACACACGUGCACAGACCUGGGUGAGCUGCAGAGCUAUCUUGGCUUGCAGAUCACUCGGGACAGAGCACAGCGCACCAUCACCCUGACUUAG